AUGUCGUUACCGGUGAGACCGUCGUCCGUCACUCAACUCGACUCUUCACACGACUCGCAAUCAACAACUACUUCACCCAUAAAAAACACGUCCGAUUCAGGGCAAGAGCGAACUACUAUACCACCAGAUCUCGAAAUACCAAACAAAAGAGCAAAGAUGUCUCAUUCCAGACCAAACUCAUCAUCUCUCUCUUCAGCUCCCUCAUAUCCUUUUGAGCAGACCUUACCUGUUGCCCCAAAUCUGCCAAGCCAGACCGAAGACACUGCCAUUCCGAGCAUAGAGAACAGCUCGUCCAACAUAGCAACCAAUGACUUUCUACCUCAGACUCAGCAGGCGCUGGCAUCCAUGUCUGCGCCUGAAUCAAUGACUGCGCCAACAUCAAACAUGGGCGCUAAACGCGCACCCAAGCAGAGCCCAAAACGAGCACGCGAAGAGGAGGAUGAUGAAGAAGAAAAAGAAGAGGAAGCCUUCGGCACACCACCACCCAAGAGACCAGCCAGGAAGGCAAAGAGACCAGCAAGCAGCAAGACCGCUAUAAAGAAAGCUGCCGGUCCCAAAACGUCCGCUCUCAAGAAACCGGCAAAGCUGAAGAAUACCCCCGCGCAGAAGCCUACAGCCGCACCACCAGUACCACCCAGCUCGCGCCCAUCACGAACCCGCAAAGCACCAGAGCGCUUCGAGGAUCUUGAGGAGAAGACUACUUCCAAAGCUCUUCCUACCAAAAAGGGGGCCAGUAAGGUUUUUGAUCCUGUCUAUAUAACCACCAAUUCCUCCAGUCGCCUCGUCAAAGCCGAUGUUUACCACAUGCUUCUUGAAAGCCCAGCCUGGAACUCUCUUAACGCAUCCCAACAAUCCACUCUCAUCUCCAUGCUCCCCGAAUCUUCCGACAACGUCAACCUCCUCGCCAAAAUCGCAGCUGGAGAAACGGCAGAUACGCGACCAGCAGCGUUUACACUAGCAAACAACUGCUUCCGGACAGACGUCGCCAAGUUCCAGGAGGAUCUCAAGAAUGGUCAUUUGGCGAAGACGUGGCAAGCUGCUGCUGAGCAGGCGGUUGUGGAGAGGGCGGCGGGGGAGUACGAUGGGUGGAAGGCGGAGGAGGCGGAGGCUUGGUGGGGGCAGAAGGGAAUGUGA